CGAAUUGUCAAAUAAGAAUUAACUAUGUGAAUAUUGAUAUUAUACAUAAAGCUCGUGACAUAUGUUCCCGAACCGCUUAUUAGAAAUAGAAGUGCAGUGUAUAAACAAAUAACAAGCAUCACAUUGUGUGUAUAAUGGAGCUAGCGCUAGCACCUUUUAGCAAACCCCCCAAGCUACAAAAUAGAAGAGGAUCGCCUUGAAAGCCCAUUGGAUACGUUAAGUUUCUGCAAUGUGAAUAGUAUUGUUCCUGAAUACAUUAUGGGAAAGCCUUCUGGAAGCGACAUUGACGAUGGAGAGUCACGACGGUCCUCCUAUAAUCGACGGGGAGGAGUGCACAUAGACAGUAUGCCUCUUUCGUUCUCCCGUCCACAUUCGUCAAAAUCAGAGUCGUAUAGCCCAAACGGAACUUUGUACUUUCAACACCCAUGUGGCUAUCACGGCAACGAUUCAGAUGAUCACCACGAUCACCAUGGAAAACCCGCCGAUGAUCAACCAAUAACGCGGUUCAAGUCAUCAUCAAGGUCGAGAGGUAAAGCCUCAGGAGGGAGCCGUCCAAUCACUCCUGCCCCUACAGCUUCUAAGGAGGAGACCACCACGGCUAUUAGCGCAGAGUUGAAAGUCUCGCUCGCUGCCAGACAGUUGGCAUUUCAGAUCAAAGAGAGUAAGAGAUUCUGGAUCGCAUUUCAGGACGAGUUCGAAGCAGAAGUGAAGGCGGUCAAGUAUUACGUCAAUGAUGAUGUCCUCCAGCGGAUAUGGCAGAAGAGGACUGAAUACAACAGCAAGUACAAGAAUGGCGAUAACCAAGACGACGAACAGUUCACCGUUCAGAAGAUGAAGCUGGAGAUAUGCCUAGAUCAUGUCAAAGAGGCUGCAAAGGCAUUCGUUCAAUCUCAUCCACUGGGUAGCCCCUCUGAUCACGAUCCUCGGCACCUCGCCUUAGAGAAGAUUCAGGUAACUGGCGAUCGCAUUCUACUAUUGGCUGGGAAGUCCAUGUUUAGUAAUAUUGCUUGUGCAGAUCUGGUCACGCAGGCGUCGGACCUGGAGAAGCUGGUAGACGCGAGAAAUCCAGAUGCCAAGGUCCUACAUCGGUUUGAUAAGAGGGAAAUUAUGAAGACCUCAUGCGAAGGAGAAGAUAAAGGUCCGGUCACAGGCGAAGCAACAUAUCAGGAGCAGGAAAUACCCGAUCAAGAGACGUAUGAGGAGGGUAAUGAUGAUGAGAGCCCGAGUGUUACGUUAGGAUAGACCCAGACGAAUAGCAGAAACGCUUCUCAAUUCUGUCGCCGCGAUUAUUUCUCGAUGGCAAUAUGACGUCUCGUUAGCAGUAUCCUCGACAGAGUAAUCGGAAUCGAAUUGUAGGCGCCCGUUCCCCGAAAGAAACAGACAAUCCCACGCUGCGUAUCGCACUCAAGUGUUCUCACACACAAUCUCCGCAACGGCUCUCCCAUAGGAACCACAACUCCCCCGUCUUCUCCUUGCGGAUAUACACAGGGUGAAGGGCCCUGCGUCUCUGAUGCCAGUCUUGCAGACGUGUACUAAUAAAACCAUCACGCCAGACCCUCGCGGGCAGACCUGUCGAUCCCGCAACUGGGCGGGCGACGAGGUGGUGAUGAAGAAUACUCCGAAUUUCUCAUGAGCGGGGGCAAAUAUCGGUCUGAAGACAGAACGCGAUGAGAAGCAGCUCGCGCGGCUUCUCUGUUUGUAGCUCAGAAACGCAGCGUUGGUGAGGG